AUGGAGAAGGAAACUCGUGUUCCUGAAACUCGCGUUAAGAUCGAUCAACAUUUUAUAUCAGAUGAAUCGAAUUUAUCUCGAUCAGCUAUUCCUGAUACCGAAAUACGCAUUAGCAUAGAUAAAUUCGGCUCACUUAAUCAAUUUAUUCCUGACGUUCACAAUAGUUCAAGUGUUUACAACACUUUUCCUCGUGGACAGCAUAUAGCGACAUCUACUCCUAUCCUUGGGUAUUCAACCCUUCAACAAUCAACUUCAAAGGAUAGAUCGCAAAGUUCCACCUAUCUUCCACCCAUGUCUAAUGCUAAUGGCGUUUCAACUCCUGCCCUCUCGUCACGGUCUCGUGUUGAAACGACUCUUACGCCUUACUUUCAGAAGCCUUUAGUCAACGGGAAAGAAACUAUUCACCACAGUCAAAUUCCUCAAGAACGUGCCUCUAGUCCAGAUGAGCUAACUUGUGACUCUGGUUUGGAUGAUCUUUCCAUUGUUGAAGAAGAUCGAUUGCGCCUCCAUGCCGCUUGUCUUGAGGGCCGACUUUCAGUCUAUGGCCGAGAGGCUGAGAUCUGGCUUAAAGAACGCGCUGAGCUUUCUACCGAGGCUGCAGCCCUUAGAAAACGUCUUGAGGUUGCGAAAUCAACUCUCAGUGAGGUGAAGAUACAAUCAGAUCAACGUAUUGCAGAAGCUCUUACUAAAUCUCGUGAAGCUCGGGAAUCUCUUCUUCAAGCCCAAGAACAACUUACCCUAAAAACCCGUGAGAAUGAACAACUUUCUGCCAACUUAACAGCCAUGCAAAGGGAUUCUAUCUCACUAAAAUCUCAACUUGCUGACGUUCAACAAAAUAGCGUCGCAAAAGACCAAGCUUUAGUUAGCCUUCGAGAAAAGAUGGCAGAAUUAUACGCCGAUAUGGAGUCCAUUCGAAUGGCUUAUUCUCAAGCUCUUGAUCAUAAAACUGAUCUCAAUGCCGAGUUAGCUAGUUUAAGACGAUCUCAAGAAUGGUAUAGAGAACAACUCCAACUGACAGAGGCUGCUCGAGAUCGUUUAAUGGAUCAGUUAAACUCCAUGCGAAAUUGGCUUGAUCAAUCUGGAACAUCAGCUCAACAAUUAGCUCAGGAGAACGCUCGUCUGGAAACACAAAUUAUGUCUGGCGAAGCUGUUUUAGCAGAGGCUAAACGAAACUUGACUCACGAGUUAGAAGCCAUUCGGGCUGAUAUUCUUGAACGCGAGGCUAUAUUUGAAAAGAUUGUUGCAGAAAGAUCUGAUCUAGAAUCACUCUGCAAACAAAAAACUCACCAAAUUAAUGAAUGCCAAAAUCGUAUUUCAGCACUUCAGGCUGACCUCAACGAAACUGAAAUAGAGCUGUCAGGUCAACGUACUUCUUUAGAUCACAUUCAACACAUCCUCCAAUGUGUCGAAAACGAACGGGACAAUCUGCGUAUGACCGUCAGUGGUCUAGAGGCACAGUUAAACCAACAAAAAUCCCUGCUUGAUCAACAGUUAACUCAAUACAAACAAGUCUGUUCAAAGUUGACAUCUAUGGAAGCAAGUAACUAUGAGCAGUCAACCGCUCUUAAUCGAGCUCUUGAAGAAAAGGCCUCUUUGGAAGGUUCCCUUCAAGCUACUUACAAGGAGAAAGCUACUCUAGAUGCUUGUCUUAAUCAACUCAGAGAGGAUAUGUCCCGAGUAGAGAGCAAUUUCAACGCUUUGCAGUCUGAGCUUGACUCCAGAAACUCAGAGUUAUCUAAUGUUCUCCUCAUUAGAGAUGAGCUUUCUAAUGACAUAGAAGUCUUGCAGUCUAAUCUUCAAGAGAAAAGCGCGAAAGUAAAGGAGUUAGAGGCUGAACGGGAGCAGCUCCAGAACACUUCAUUAACUCUUCAGUCAGAAAAUGAAGGUUUAAGAGAUGAUAUUAAACGCCUGGAAGAUUCAAUCGGCCCUGCCUGUGAGGAAGCGGCUAAAAAAGCCAGAGAACCGCUUAUUACAGAAGUUGAAAGGUUGAAUAAUCAGUCGACGCAACUUCUUUCAGAGCUAUGUGGCCUUAGGGAGCAGGUUUCCAGUCUUCUAACUGUUCAAGAGAGGUACUGCAUUCUCAUGCAAAGUCAUCAAACACUUCAGGAAAAGUUCGAUGCCCUUCAAGCUAAUCAUACGGCUUCUAUUGAAGAAGCGAAUGCUAAACAGUCGGAGCUAAGUCAAAGACUACUGGAAGUGGAAACUUCUUACUCCUAUUCUCUUGCUUCAAAGACCUCAGAGAUUGAUGUUCUUACUCAACAGCUGAAUGAGAAAGCCAACGAAGCUUUGGCUCUGCAAGCUGAAAUAGCUCUAAAGAUCGCUCAUCAACAAGCUCAUGAGCAGCAAUCUGCUGAAUGGGCUCAGCGCCUAUCAGCUUUGGAAUCUCGUUUACAGUCGACUGAGACACAGAGAACUGAGAUCCAGCAGCAGUUACAAGCAGUGUUAGAACGCGAACGUGACACCAAUAACAAACAGCAAGGGGAGCUAGAGAUUCUCCGAGCUGAAGUAGCCAAGCUUGAGUCCCUUGUAGUUAAGUCUGAAGGGAUUGAAAAUAAAUAUAGGCAAUUAAUGCAAGAACUGGAAGCCUCGAAGGGACGGGAACUCGGUCUUUCGGACACAGUUGACAGCCUCAAACGUCAUACAGCCGGUUUGGAAACGUCCCUCUCUCAGCGGGAGGCAGAAAUCGUUGAACUAACUGAAAAGUUCGAAGCUAUGCCCUUGUCAAGAGUGGAUGCUGAACCCAUUAUCCAACCAGUUGUUCAACAACAAAAUCUAACUACCGCUCCUGUCUCCCUACCAUGUUCAAGCUGUCAAAUGUUGACAGCUGAGGUUACAAUGUAUUCUCGAAAUGUCACCCAAAUGCAAGAUGAGCAGGCUAAACUUCAAGCCGCUUUAGAGCUGACCAAACAGGAACUUGCAGCCCAGUCAGCAAAGACGACGAAUGAGGCAUUUGGACGACAGCAAGCGUUAGAAGCACAGAGAGCAGCAACGAAAGAAGCGGAAAAGCUGAGAAGGGAACUAGCUGAAACUCAACAAGCCUUGUCAGAAGCGAAACAUAUUGCGAGCACGGCUCAAGCGAAUGUCACUUCGUUGACAGGCCAUCUGAAAUCUGGUGAUAAGUCUACGGAUAAGGAAGUGAGAGCAUUACAAGAUACUAUUGCGGUUUUGAAGAAACACCUCGAACAGUUGAAACGUGAGUUGACCGACACAAAACAGGAGUCGUGGCAUUACCAAGCCCAUCUCUCAGAUCUUCGUGGAUCUCUUCGAGGUCUUAUUGAACAAAGCCGUCUUUUUGGGAGUAGUAAUGAUGGCUCUAACAUCAAUGGUCUCAACUCAAACGGCGUUCCGCAGACUCCUGCCUCGAUCAAUGUUGUGGAAGUGUCCGAGUUGGAGAAACUACUUAUUGAUAGGACUGAUGAUUCGCUUCUGCAUAGCAGACCUUUGAUUCGCGUCAACAACUACUUGGAUCGUCUGCAACAGGAAAUAAAUUCUCUAGAAUCCCAGGUUAUCCAACACGCCAAUGUGGUUCGCGACUCUGUUGCCAAUUGGAGGUAUGGGUUUCAGCACAGAUCACGAUCCUCUUGGCCUAUUUACCAUAUUUAUACCUUUCAUUUUCUUCAAUUUUGCAGAUCGAUAGAGGAGGGCGCAGUUCUAAUUCGAACCGGGUAUCACCCAGUACCUCAAAUGCCACGCCAAUAA